GUCAGGCAACGGUAGAGAGAGUCGUCCAGUUUUGGUAUCAGCCACAUUCGUAUCAGCCACAGAUAUCCUUCCGACACAUUGCCCCCCUAUGUAAUCGCAGCCGUCAGAGAUAAUUACCUAACCUCCCGCCUCCAGGUACUCUAGAGCGACAACCUUCCACACCACAGCCAGACGCUCCUCCUUCGAUUGCCCCGACUACACCGAUAUCCAUACACUCCAUCUGAGUUGUCACAGAUCGUAAAUAGCACAGCUGACGCUAUUGACUUUAAUCUGUAUGCGAGCUGCCCCUAGAGCUCGAUUUAUCUGGCCUCAAAAUAACAGGCGUUCAUCGCGAGAUCAAGCCACGCCGUCGCAGUUAUUGACCCAGAAUAUACGUCGCCAUUCGGGCACGUAGAUGAACUUGGGUUCAUACUAAGAGCAGGAGGGCCGACGUGCCAGGACAGCCUCGAUUUUGUUUCUUGUCCGAGGUUGGAGGCUUCUUGUGAGACUGAUCAGUAGCGCAAAGCUGCCGGGUUGUUUUCAGGUUCGCGAUGUCUGAAUAUCAGUAUGACCCUCGCAUGCCACAACAGCGACAACGUGGUUACCAGGAAUCGAACAAUUAUCAGCGAGACAAUGCGUUCUCGACCAUCUUCGGCGCCGCACCUCCAGCCGGAAGAGCACAGACAAUGUCGGAUUCUGGAGCAUUGCAAAGCGAUCAGUUUAUUGGACUCCGCCAACCACAGGCUCGCCCACCUCAAGGUUACUACCGGGACCGAGAAACGCUUCCAAACCCUUCGCGAGCAUCAGAUCCUACAAUGCAAAAUGGGUACUAUCCCAAUCAACGCUCAGUAUCGGGAGGCAUGUACCCGCCUCAUGGUACGCAAUAUGCACCCCAGCUAAGACGCCCGCAGCCUAUUUCUGUAGGGCCUCUUCCUCCAAGAUUGGAGUCUCGUGGGGCACCGCGACAGGCUGCUGGGGCACGUCAUCCACCUGGCCGCGCAUACGGUGGAAUGGGAGGACCAGCAAUGCAUGAUGAUCCGUACAGGUCCCAAUCUAUGGCUUCCAUCCCCCGCCCGCAGAUGUACAAUAACGGACCGCCAAGUCAUUAUCCACCCUCACCGGCAGACCAAUCGCGCCGCGCGCCGUAUUCUCAGCAGUACUCGUCAAACAUGACUGCACAUGGCCGCGUUGUCCCCGAGAGACCCGAGGAGCGCUCAAUGUCAAUGACAGGCACUUAUCCGCAAGAACGAGACACAUAUCAGACUAUGAGCGGAAGGAAAAUCCCCAAUCGGAGGCCGGAUGCGCCACCAGGCGUCAACUUUCCUUUGCAAGACGACAGUUACGUAUCUAGUCAAACAACACGGACAACCAGCAUGGCAUCAUCAACUGGUGACCACUCUCGAUCUAUGUCCAUGGCAUCUAGUAUUGCACCUACGAUAACCCCAUCUGAGUCCGACGCUGCGACCCUUGUGCAACGCCCGUCAAGGAGUAAAUCCAUCGAAAGCGAACGUCCAGCGACUGCGACAAAAAUUCGACCUCCUCUGGUCUAUCCUGCUCUUUUGUCCCGUGUUGCGGAAUGCUUUCGACAAAAAAUCAGAAUCGGCGAUCGAACGAAGAACGAACUUACAUAUAAAAACGCCUUCAGCGGUUCCGAAGCUGUGGAUGUUUUGUCAUAUAUUAUUAGAACGACUGAUCGAAACCUAGCUUUAUUGCUCGGGCGUGCUCUAGAUGCUCAGAAGUUCUUCCAUGAUGUUACGUAUGAGCAUCGCUUGCGAGACGCACAGUCUGAAAUGUACCAGUUUCGUGAAAGUCUCAUGGAUGAACCAGAUGAUAAGCCUCCCGUUAAUGGUGUAUUCGUUCUCUUAUCAGAAUGCUAUUCUCCUACGUGCACAAGAGACCAGCUUUGCUACUCUAUAGCAUGCCCCCGCCGUCUGGAACAGGUUUCUAGAUUGAAUCUCAACCCAAACAUUGCUCUGAGGAAACAAGUCUCUGCCAAUGUCAAUGACGAUGAAGUUGACCAAACUGACGAACAAAAGUUAUGGAUCAACUCUGUUCCCAAAGAAAUAGCUGACGCGGUUGGCGAGCGAGAACAAAAACGACAAGAAGUCAUAUCUGAAAUCUGCUACACUGAGCGAGACUUUGUCAAAGAUCUUGAAUACCUUCGAGACUUCUGGAUAAUUCCCCUGCGAUCAAAGGCGUCCCCUAUCCCACUCCAGCGACGAGAGAAGGUUGUCAAAACAAUAUUCAGUAACAUUGUUGAUCAUCCCAGUAUACACACUGUUAGCUCUAGGUUUGCUGCUUCGUUGACGACUCGUCAACAGAAAGAUCCUAUUGUGCACAACAUUGGCGACAUCUUCCUUGAAUUUGUUCCACAGUUCGAACCAUUUAUAUGGUAUGGCUCAAAGCAGCUCGAAGGCAAAUUCGAAUUCGAAAAUGAGCGUUCUGUCAACCCCUUCUUUGCCAAAUUCGUUGAUGAAAUUGAACGCCGAAAGGAAUCACGAAAGCUUGAGCUAAAUGGGUAUUUAACAAAACCAACAACUCGUUUGGCAAGGUACCCACUGCUUCUUGAAAAUGUUCUUAAGUACACAGAGGAUGACAAUCCAGACAAAGAAGAUAUCCGCAAAGUGCUCACUAUUAUUCGCGAUCUCCUUGGUCGCGUAAAUGCUGAGUCUGGUAAAGCGGAAAAUCGCUUCAAUCUUAGGAGACUACAUGAGCAACUCCGCUUUCGCCCGAAUGAAAGAGUAGACCUAAAGCUUACGGAAGAGGGUCGCGAGUUGGUAUUCAAGAGCCAACUGAAGAAAUCACCUACAGAUCCAGCGGAAAUUACGGCCUUCCUUUUCGAUCAUGCUGUCCUCCUAGUAAGGAUCAAACAAACUGGGAAGAAUGAAGAAAUCAAGGCCUACAGACGUCCAAUCCCCUUGGAGUUACUGGCGAUCCGAGAAAUGGAUGAGGUUAUUCCCCAGCAAGGUUCAAUCAAACGAUCUUCAUCCAGUCUCAUACCAUCUAUCCGCACCAAUACAUCUGACACAAGAAGAGGUGACGGAUGGCCGAUCACCUUCAGACAUUUAGGAAAGGCUGGAUAUGAGCUAACACUUUACGCUGCAAAUCAAGCGGCGAGGAAGAAGUGGCUUGAAUUCAUCGACAAUGCCCAACAGCGAUUGCGGGCUCGCGCCGACUUCUUCAAUACUUCUAUUUUAUCAAGUAACUUCUUUGUUGGAACGAACCAGGUCAAUUGCGUCGUUCCGUUUGACGGUGGCCGAAAGUUAUUAUACGGCACAGAUAACGGCGUUUAUAUAUCCGACCGUAAAAACAAAGACCAGAUCCCUAGAAGGGUUCUAGAAACAACAAAUGUGGCGCAAAUUGACAUCCUGGAGGAAUAUCAAUUGUUGCUUGUUUUAUCAAACAAGACUCUCCAGUCGUAUUCACUGUCAGCGCUCAACCCGGAUGAGCAAGGCUUGGCAAAACGCCCGAAAAAGAUUCAAAACCACUGCAGCUUCUUCAAAACUGGUAUUUGCAUGGGUCGCCAUCUCGUGUGUUGUGUGAAGUCCUCUGCGCUCACCACAACCAUCAAAGCAUUUGAGCCUAAUGACGCAAUGACGAAGGCUAAGAAGCAAAAGGGCCUCGGAAAGUUCAUGUCGGGUGGACAAGAUGAGCUGAGACCGUUCAAGGAAUUCUACAUCCCAACUGAGGCCUCCUCUGUCCACUUCUUAAAACUGAGGCUUUGUGUUGCUUGCGCAAAGGGCUUUGAAGUUGUAUCUCUGGAAACAUUGGAAACACAAUCACUACUACAUCAAGCCGAUACCUCACUUGAUUUUGUGGCACGUAAGGAAGGUGUCAAACCCAUCAGUAUCGAGCGCCUGAACGGAGAGUUCUUACUAAACUACUCGGAGUUUUCGUUUUUCGUCAACAGGAAUGGGUGGAGAGCAAGACCAGAGUGGAGGAUUGAUUGGGAAGGUACACCACAGAGCUUUGCUCUCAGUUACCCUUGGAUAUUGGCAUUUGAGCCGAAUUUCAUCGAGCUUCGUAAUAUUGACAAUAACGCUGUGCAUAUUGUUCCUCACAAGAACAUUCGUAUGCUCCACAGCAGCACCCACGAGAUUAUUUUUGCAUACGAGGAUGAGAGAGGAGAAGACGUUGUUGAAGCAAUUGACUUUUGGAAGAACACUAAUCGGAGGUCUGAGAUGGUCGAAGCUUCUAGUUUAUCACACACGAUUCCCAUAAGAUAGAUGGCUGGUGUUAAACUGUCGUGUUCUAGUACAGAGAAUAACGGUAAUCAGGGUAUAAAACUGUCUGUUUCCAAAUUUAUCACUGCAUAUUUCAAUCAUUGUUCCUACCCCUUUCACACCUAGGGCCCAUUUGCUUCGCCCAAGUGCCGAAUUCAUCUAACAAGAUAAAUGGUGCGCACCUGCGGAUAUCCUGUCGCUCGUCGCCGUUGUUAAGGGCUUCAGUGGCUAGGCCGUUAUGAAAUGAUUCGACCAUCCGGUCACAGACGAUAUGAACAUCUAAGAGAGACGUAAAGGUUAUACCAAAUCUAUGCGAGCUAAUAUGAGGGCUUUUGUCACUUGCAUAUUCAGCGUUGUGAAAUGAGGCACCCUCUGUCACCCGUAACUCGGCAGAUGUGCCCCGGGAUUGGACCCGGGGCAAGCUUGGUUGUAUAGAGUUGAGUAAGAGAAUUAGCGGAUAUGAGUGUAAUGAAUGGCUUAUGCGACGUAACCGCAAGUUCAUAUUUGUGAUCAAGUCAUGCGCUGUCUGUCUGUUUCUCUGCGUAAACAGUCCAGUAAGGAUAUCCGCGAUCCCAGUGACUACUAUCACCCCAGGUAUCUCAUGUAAUGGGUAGGCUGUUUCCUUUUUCGGGGGUGCUGAGUGAUCUGGGAUAAUAGGGUAGUCCUCAUCGUCGCUAUCCGCUAUUUCAGUCAUUUGGACUGCUGGAUCAUUUAUAUUUCGCCUAGUUGGUGACGGGGCAGUGCACAGUUCUUCCAAAUCCGCCAGAACUUGCCAAAGGCCAUCAACGUCAAAAACUGUAUGCAGGGUCACUCUUCUUAAAAUUUCCUUUUCAGUAUCCGAUUUGCUAGCUCUAUCAUAGGACAGUGGUAGUUCAAGACUGGCGGCAUGUCGUAAGCGGCUAAGCACCAAUGGUGUCGGAAGGCGGGUGACAAUGGCUGCACCCGAUAUAUCUCCCCGUGCUAGAGAGCCAACGACAGUACGGAUUGCGAUCUAAGAAAUAUUAGCAAUCAUUUACAACCGAGUUUCCAUUCCAUCUCACCGGCAACGCGGUUGCAUCCUCAUCUUUGGCGCUAAUUCCAGUUACGCAUCCACGGCUAAAUCCACGUAGCAAGGGAUUACGGUCGAUUUCGUCGUAGCCGGAGAGCAAUGGUCCCAGUUCGGCUAUAUGGUCUCGUCUUUCUACUUCCCGCUUGGCAAGUUGAGAAGCAACGGCGGGUUGGAAGUCCAUAGAGGGCAUUUUCCACGUCUGCUUUGUUAACAAGAGGCUUUGUCUGAGUAGUUCAAAGCUAGAUACUGGACCUGAUUACCCCACCAUUAAUCAUGGCGGCCUGCUUGUUCUUAUGUCAAAUCCCUAGAGGAACCACCUGUAUAUGCGAUUUGCGGCUUAUAAUUGAGAGUCAUAAUAUAUAUUGGUAUGUGAAAAUCAAAUUUUCAAGCGUUCUGACUUAGGUUACUACUUCAACGGCAAUCGUUUGUAUCAUAUAUUGAUUGACUAACGGACUCUUAUUACUUAAAAUCAGUAGUGACAAUGUAGCUGCUAAAGGUCGAAGAGAUUUGGUCUCGGAUAAUUAACCAUGCACCUGUUUAAAACAUAGUUUCUCAUGCUGCACUUCCCGAUGUACCUGGGUUGGAGGCUUCAGUAUUUUUUGCACGGCGUCCACCCUUCAGACUUUUCAUACGCCCUAAAAGCCCCGAUGGUUUAGUUGAGGGCUCAUCCGCUGAAGCGGUAGCAUCCGUAGUAGCUCGUCGCUCCAACGGCGCUUCGGAAUCUCUCCGAGGAACAGAUGGGGGGCUCGUAGUAGAUGUCUUCUCUCGACCUUUGACAGUAAUUUUGUCCUCACCCUUGCCAAACUCGGCAAAAAAUGGAUUUGCUUCGGUGGGUGCGCUGGUUCCAGCACGCAUAGUAUCUGGAGAGGUUCGGUUAUAUACCCCAUCAGGGCUCGUAACUCGACCAGAAGAAUUUAUAUCUCUCGGCCCACGGUUCAUGUGGCGAAUUCGCUGUGCAAGAGACUUCUUACGUUGAAUUCCAACUUCACUUGCUUCUUGAGCUUGUUCAGCUUGUCUGCGUGCAAUAGCAGUUCUUGCCGCAGGAGUUCCUUCGAGAAAUGUAGAUGUACCUAAGCCGUAGCUUUCGUCACCAUGAAUCUGCUGACCGCGUGAUGCCGGAUCGAAUAUGGUGGCUUCAGUGCGGGAAGCUGUAGGGUGAUCAUAGCCAGAUUUGGCUUUUCCAGACGUAGCAUAGUCUCUAAAGGCCUCAUCUGUUGCGUUUCCCAUAAAGGUGGAGUGGUCCGCCUGGGCAUUUAGCGGCCCAGAACCACCGAUGGAGUUAUUCAAAGAGUCUUUAGGGAAUGCCUGCAUAGGUGCGAGACGUCUGCUAUUCUGUCGGUUGCGGUGAGGAUUCAGAGCAUCAAACGGUCCAUCAUGGUGAAACACUUAAGAGUACUGUCAGCUGGAUACACUCAUCGAAUGCAAACACUGGAGCUAAGGGGGGAUACGUACAUCCUGUACCAUAAAUGCUUGUGGCAUCGAGUUGAUCAAUGAUAUCCAGGCGCCGGCUAGGCUUCCCGCUCUUCGCCUUAUCUUUCCCAUCGCGACGAGCUCGAUCUUUGUCAGCAGGUGUUGGGCGAACAUCAAAUGAGAUUAACGAAGAGUCGGAGUUUCUUCUCGGUCGGCGAGACUUGCGGUUGGGAGAACGUGACGAUUCUGCCUUUGAAGAUGGUUCCUGCCUCCGUCUUGCAACCUUCAAGGCUUCUUCUUGUGAUUUCGUUGGCCGAUGAUUUACAGAUCGGGAACCGGGCUGGGCUUUGCCAGGGGGGCGCUGGUCGCGAUUUGUUGGUUUCGAUGAGCCAGAAGGCUUCUUAUUGUUGUCAAGAGUCAGAGAAUCCUUUUGAUACAUUAGCCAGGUUCUACACAGCGUUCUAGCUACACCGCAAAAUGACAAGAAGGCCAGGCGGCUAGCCGUGCGUACGUACGAAUAUCUCUUCAGCCGAGAAGGGCUUUGAUUCAGACCCUGUAGAGAAUGAUGCCCUUGCACGAGCUGGACCAUUAGACUGGUCCAAAAAUGGGUUUCGCGAUACAGGUCGGGGUGGGGGGUCAUCGAAAGGGGACGCGGUGAGCGUAGGUUUCGAGUCCGUGGCAGAUGAUGGUGACGCGGCACGGUUGCGGAAUGGAUUAUUAGAUGAAAGAAUAGACAAAUGGCCUGCAGUUAUCAAGCGGUGUUAGUGUUUGCUCGAUACGUCUCCCAUGUGCAUAGUCGACAGUUUCAUGCUGCCAAGAUACUGCGAACUCUAGCAUAGCAAAGAUAACAGACACAAUGCUAAGGUGGGAUGAAAUACGAACCAGUCUUAGAGGAGUCUGCAGUGGACAUCUUCGUUCACCGCUGCUGCUGUAAAGCAGUCUCAAGAUUGUAAUACUAAUGUUGAUGGAGAUCACUAAUGUCUGCGCAGAGAAGACGUGGCGGAGUGAGG